UGAUGAUCUGGCAGUGGUGUCCAAUGAGCUGGCGUUAUCGUUCUACUCUCCCACCCUUGCCUUGCCUUUUUCUCUCUCCAAUUUUCCAUUCUGCAAUACCCUUGUCUUGCCAUCCCCCUUGCCCCAUCUCUCCCAACCCAACCAGCGCCUGGGGGUCACACCAGACGCCACCACGUUCAACACGCUGCUCAAGGCCUGCGCUGCCCACAGCCGCCCAGACGCCGCCCAGCUGCUGUACCUAGACGUAUACACAUACAGCACAGUCAUCCAGAUCCUCGCCCAGGCCGGCCGCUUCCAAGCCGCCUUCGCCGUCAAGUCCGACAUGGACCAAUCGGGGGUUCCCGCCAACGUGGUGACGUGGACGUCCCUGAUUGGUACGUGCGCGCGCGCGGGGUUUGUGGACCAUGCGUUCAGGGUUUUUGAGGAGAUGGUGGGUUCGGGAUGUGAGGCGACCACGGCGGUGUAUAACCUGAUGAUUGACAUGUGCGCCGAAGCUGGGCUGGAGGAUCGGGCGGUGGGGUUGCUUCGGGAGAUGCAGGCUGGGGGGAGGAGGAAGGGGGAGAAGGGGGAGAAGGGGGAUGAGGUCAUCAAGGCUUGCACGGGCAGCCCGCAGCGAGCGCGGGCGUUUGUGGGGGAGAUGCGAGCGGCGGGGAUAGCACCCAACGAGCGCACGUGGGUGGCUCUGCUGGACUGCCACGGGACCAAUGCGGAUACUAAUGCUGCCGUCCAGGUGAGUGUGCGAGCGGCGGGGAUACAUACAGCCGAAUGA